GCCAAGGAAAAGACCGAGCAGAAACGCCCGAGGAUCCAGACUAAGACAAGCGCAGCCGGGGCGGACGCUGCCGCGGGAGAGAUGGAGCAGCGCUCUAGCAACGAGAACAUGGUUCGCACCGUGGUCAACGAGGUUCACGAAGCGAUAAGCAAGAUCAUGGAUGGCCCGAUGUUUAAGGACAUCGUUGAGCAGGAGCCAUGCAACAUGUCGAGUGGAGGCGCCCAGGCGCCAUUCAAGCAGGUUGACAUGAGCGGUGUUUUGAAAAAAGAUGGGCCUGGGCACUCCUACCAAUGCGGCCUCAUUUUCACGUGGCAGAGCUUCGCGUGCAUGCGCAACCACAGCGUGCCCAUCAACGAAGAUCAGAUCACGGAGCUCCAGAGGUUCGCCUUGGAGCGAGUGAGACCGCCCAGGCACAUUCCCUUCGAGGCGGCGACUGCGUUGGACUCAGCCACGCAGUGCGUGAUGGGCGCGAAAGGUGCCUUGCAGCGCUUGUCGCCCCCGGAGCCCGCCUUCGCGGCCAUCGAGAUGGACAUCGUCUCCCAACUGUCUGUCCGCCAAUGGAUCUACGACGUCGUUAGCUCCAAGGCGCCCAAGGAGAAGGGCCCUGGCAGGGGGCCGGGCAGCGCUCAGGUCGCAAAGUACUACCAUGAGAAGGUGAAGAGCGACGAGCACCUGAUGGAGAAGAACCCAUGGAGCAAAUCGAUUCAUGCGUUGCAGGCCCUGGUCGAUCGCGCGCAGCCGACAGCUCGCAUCACCUGGGCCAUGCGCGGCCUCACGGAGCUCCAUCGCACGGGCUGGGGGACUACCACCGUCGGGGAGUUCACGAUCAGCAGGUUGAAGGACUACAGGCAGAGCUACAUCGAGGUCCUCAACCUGAAGCAUGCCAUGCGCGAUGAGUUGCUCCAGACGUGCUUGGCAGGGAUCGGUCUCCCAAUCGAGCGCGUAAAAAAAAGGAAGGAAGCGUUCGCCGAUUUUCCAGAAGCGCGCGCGUCUGCGACGGGCUACCCCGACCGGCCCACGGUGGACGCUACGUGGAUGGUCGGAAGGCCCCCAUCUUCGGUGGCAGCAUGCACUUUGCUGGAAGAGUUGAUCUGCACUGUCUCCUAUGACGGCCGCUACAGGGACGCUGCGAAGACGAAGGCAAAGGUUGCUGACAUCUUGGAGCACGAGAGCGUCAAGCGCGAGAUCGACGAGGUCGCCGCGACUCUGGCCCAAGAGCGAUCCGCUGCAGCGGUGGCGAGAGGAGAGACGCCUGCAGUGGAUGGUGCACCAGCUACAUCAGCUCUGUCAACUGGUGCGACGGCUGGGACUUCAGAGCCGAAGGGCUUUCACUUCGUGGAGCAGCAGGACCAGGAGCAUUGGGAGGAUAUCAUAAAGAAGCACGUCCAAAUGUACGUGGACACCAUCGUCGAGAAGGAAUCGGCCGCUGAGAUGGAAAACGCAAUUCGCAAUUCCACUCUGGCGACCAUCAGGGGCGAUCCGACUGGCCCUGCGGUGUCUCACGUCGACGCCAAGCAGAGCGGCGAGCCCUCCACUCGCCCGGAGCUGCGGAUCGCCCCCCUGCGCGACGAGAACUACCGCGGGCUGGUCAGGACCGUGCUGAGCGCGCGUGCUCCGGCUGGCGCUACCCCUGGUAUACGAUCUGGUGAAGUGGUUAUCCUGCUAGACGGCGGCAGGAGUGGCAACGCCAAUAAACUAAUUGCCCCAUGGCGCGAGGGGGCUUCGAAGGACAAGACGAAGCACAGCGAUGCUGAUGAGGGCGAAUAUGAUAAGGAGGACGACUCCGACGACGAGUACGGAACUGAGGUCAUGAGCUCCGCCGCCUCUGUCAUCAUCAUCAUCUGCUCCGAGGCCAGCACCGCCAACCGCCGCAAGAAGUUGCGCAGCCACACAGGUGGCAUUCACCAGUCCGGGUGGUGUCACAUGCUCGCACAUUCGAAAAUCUGCCUGCCAGAGAGGGCACGGAAACGCUAUGCUGGCACCACGUCGGGCGACACCAUCAUGGGCGUCGCUGCGGUCGAGCCCGACAUUGAAUGGACCAUGAGUUGGGCGGACAAGAAGGCGCUAUACGGCAAGAAAAACCUCAUCGCCGUCGGCGGCAAUACGAAAGGUGCGAGCCCAGACGACGUGGUCGAGCGCAAGACGGACUCCGCGCAAGUGCCAGUCACGCACCGCGGAAUGCCCCCCGCGUGGUGCGACGAGAUCAUCCACAUGUUUUUUCCUGCGAGGCCGUCGUGGACUUGA